AUGGCGGAUGACAAGGAUUCUCUGCCCAAGCUUAAGGACCUGGCGUUUCUCAAGAACCAGCUGGAGCGCCUGCAGCAGCGUGUGGAAGACGAAGUCAGUAGUGGUGUGGGACAGAACCUUGAGAAAGUCUUUGGAGAGAAUACUACAGCUUUCCAGAGUAAGGGGGAGCAGGUGGUGGGCCACUGCUUCCUGGCCGGCUAUGUGGUGGCCAAACUGAGGGCAUCCGCAGUAUUGGGCUUUGCUGUGGGCACCUGCACCGGCAUCUACGCGGCUCAGGCAUAUGCCGUGCCAAAUGUGGAGAAGACAUUGAGGGACUAUCUGCGGUCGCUGCGCAAAGGGCCUGGCUAG